AUGUCUGCCAAUCCGCACAACGAAGCCUUCAAGAUUGACAAGCUGUUCGAUGUCUCGGGCAAAGUGGCCCUAAUUACCGGUGGCGGUAGCGGUAUUGGUCUGAUGGCCACACAAGCACUGGCAACGAACGGUGCCAAAGUCUACAUCUGCGGCCGUACCGAAGAAAAACUCGAGCGUGUCGCCGAGGUCUACGGCAAGGACAUUCCAGGCUCCAUUAUUCCCAUCACGGCCGAUGUGAGCAAGAAGGAGGACAUCAAGAAACUCGUCGAUUAUAUCUCCGAACGCGAGCAAUGCCUGUGCAUCCUGAUCAACAACGCCGGUAUCGCAUUGAACACCCAGCAGGUGGAGGCCAAGUCUGCGGAAGAAAUGAAGAAGAAUCUAUUCGAUGACCCUAAUGAGACUUUCGAAAUGUGGACCGACACCUACCGCACCAACGUCCCGCAGCUGUACUUUAUGACCACGGCUUUCUUGCCCUUGCUGCAUGCCGCUCACAAACACAACGACAACUUCUCCGGCACGGUGAUCAACAUCUCGAGCAUCAGCGGUAUCGUCAAGACGUCCCAGCACCAUUUCGCCUACAACGCCUCCAAGGCCGCGGCGAUUCAUCUGACCACGAUGCUCGCCAACGAAGUGACUCAGAAUGACUUGAGGAUCCGUAUCAACAGCAUCGCGCCCGGUGUUUUCCCGAGUGAAAUGACAGCUUCGGAGAGUGACGACAAGCAAAAGUCGCACAUUCCGCGAGAGAAGUACGAGUCCAAGGUUCCGGCCAAGCGCCCGGGUGAGGAUCGAGACAUGGCGAACGCGAUUCUCUUCGCAGCCUCGAACAUGUACCUUAACGGCGCUACCGUGGCUGUCGAUGGUGGUUAUAUCCUGAGUGCAGGGAGCGGUCCAUAA